AUGACACAAAGAGGAAAUCAAUAUGAUCCAAUUUUAUCAUUUAAAACUAUUGAUAAUAGAAGUUAUUAUUAUCAUCUUUCAGAACAUGAUAAGCAAUACUAUUUUGAUUAUACUGGUACGAGAAGUACACUUAAUUGUCGAUUAACAAAUGUUUUAAAAUUAAUUUUGAAUAGUCUUCGAUAUUGGAUAUUAGAUAUGCAUAUUGAUGAUUUCAGAUUUGACUUAGUAGCAACACUUGUUCAUGAAUUUCAUGCCUUAGAUCAUUUAAAUCAUGCAUUUUUUGAUAGAACUCAUCAAGAUUCAGUUAUUUAUUGUGUUCAAUUAUUUGUUGAACUAUGA